AUGUCUUCUGCUGAAAUCAACCAACUUUCCGACAAUGUUGAAAAAUUGUCUGUAACUGAAUCUACUCCAGUUACUACCACUGAAGAGUCUCCAGCUCCAGAAUCUCAGAACAGUGAAGUUCCAUCUUCUCUUUAUGUUGGUGAACUUGACCCUACUAUUACUGAAUCCGAAUUAUAUGAAGUUUUCUCUGCAAUUGGUCCAGUUUCUUCCAUUAGAGUUUGUAGAGAUGCUGUCUCUAAACAAUCUUUAGGUUAUGCAUACGUUAACUAUCAAAACCGUGCUGAUGGUGAAAAGGCUUUAGAAGAAUUGAACUACACCGAAAUUAAGGGUAAGCCGUGUAGAAUUAUGUGGUCUCAAAGAGAUCCAGCUGCAAGAAAGAAUGGUUCAGGUAAUGUUUUCAUCAAGAACUUGCACAAGGAUAUUGAUAACAAAACCUUACAUGAUACCUUCUCUGCAUUCGGUAACAUUUUAUCAUGUAAGAUUGCUACUGAUGCCAAUGGUGUUUCUAAAGGUUUUGGUUUUGUCCACUAUGAUAACCCAGAUUCUGCAAAUGAUGCAAUUGAAUCUGUCAAUGGUAUGUUAUUAAAUGAUUUGGAAGUUUAUGUUGGUCCUCACAUUUCAAAGAAAGAUAGAGAAUCCAAGUGGCAAGAGUUGAUUGAAAACUAUACUAAUGUUUAUGUUAAGAAUAUUUCACUCGAAACUAAAGAAGAAGAUUUGAGGAAGUUAUUUGAAGCUUAUGGUAACAUAACAUCUAUGUACUUAGCAACUGAUGAAGCAGGUAACUCAAAGGGUUUUGCUUUCAUCAACUUUGAAAAGCAUGAAGAUGCAGUUAAGGCUGUUGAAGAAUUAAACGAUAAGGAAUUUGAAGGUAAGACUUUAUACGUCGGUAGAGCUCAAAAGAAAAGAGAAAGAGUUGAACAAUUAAAGCAACAAUAUGAACAAGCUAAGCAAGAAAAGAUGAGCAAGUACCAAGGUGUCAACUUAUUCGUCAAGAACUUGGAUGAUUCUAUUGAUGACGAAAGAUUAAAGGAAGAAUUCUCUCCUUAUGGUACCAUCACUUCUGUCAUCGUUAUGAAGGAUGAAACUGGUAAGUCCAAGGGUUUUGGUUUUGUUUGUUUCUCUACUCCAGAAGAAGCAACAAAGGCAAUCAACGAAAUGCAUCAAAGGAUUGUCGAAUCUAAGCCAUUAUAUGUUGCUUUAGCUCAAAGAAAAGAUAUUAGAAGAAACCAGUUGUCUCAACAAAUGCAAGCAAGAAACCAAAUGAGAAUGCAACAAGCAGCAGUUCAAGGUGGUAUGGGUCAAUUUGUUGCUCCAAUGUUUUAUGGUCAAAACUUCAUUCCACCAAUGGUCAAUGGUGUUAGAGGCGGUCCAUUCCCAGGACAACCACCAAUGAUGAUGCAACAAGGUGCACCACAGAAUUUCAGGGGUCCAAACGGUCAACCAGUACCAGUUUAUGUUCAGCCAGUCUAUGGUGAUUAUCAAGGUAGAAUGCAACAACAGCCAAGACAUUAUGCCAACAGACCAAACCAAAUGCAACAGCCAAGAAAGGAACAAUCCUUUGCACAGUUUAUUGCAUCUUUACCUGUUGAACAACAAAAGAAUGCUUUAGGUAACAAGAUUUACGAAAAGAUCACUGAAUCUCAAAAAGUUCAAGAUCAAGAAGCUAUUGGUAAGAUUACCGGUAUGUUGUUAUCUAUGGAUAACCAACAAAUCAUUUCUUCAUUGGAGAAUGAAGAAAUCUUCAACCAUCAAUUAGAUGAAGCGAUCAAAGCAUACCAAGAUUUCAAAAACAACUCCGAGACUGCUCCAGCUGAAGCUGCACAAGCUCCUGUUGAAAACUAA